AUGGGAAGGAAGAGAAAACAAAGAAAGCCAACAAUUGAAGGUGACACAUCAAGUCUUCCAAGUGAAGUCAUAUACAUCAUACUCUUGAAACUAUCCGUCAAGGCUCUGUUGCGAUUCGGGUGCGUUUGUAAAUCAUGGCGUGAUGUGAUCUCUAAGCCCCAAUUCGCGAAAUCGCAUUUCAAUGAAUCAAUUAGGUUGGACCGUCUAAGACUCUACGACUACUCAGAGUUGCGGUACCAUUAUUUCUACUCCAUAGGCUAUGAAAGUUGUGAGGGUUCUGCGGAAAAAGUAUCCUUUCCUGGUAAGAAGUAUUGGAAUGUUAGAGUGUGGUGUUCUUGUAAUGGUUUAGUACUUUUGCAUGUUCAAGAUGACACGAUGUAUGUAUUGUGGAAUCCAUCCAUUAGAGCAUGCAGAAAGUUCUCCUCUCCAACUCAUAUAUAUCACAAUUAUAUUCCACAUGGACUUUGCUAUGAUUCUUCCAUGGAUGAUUACAAGGUGAUAUUUAUAUCGACAUAUGAUGAAUUCUUUGUGGUUUUUAGUUUCAGAGGUCAAUGUUGGACAGAGCCUAGGAAAUUCCCUUAUUUGUGUUUUUCUGGCAACGCGGUCAUUGCUAAUGGUGUGUUACACUGGGUUGCUUUAACACCCACGGUUGCCAAUGUGAGGCGAAACCUCUCUUUGGACUCUUCGAGUUCAUCUGAUAAUGAUAGUGAUAACAAUUCAAACACCGAUAUACUCCUAUAUGAGCAUGAUUCCACCCGAACAUAUUUGAUUGUUUUCUUUGAUACAGUGGAGGGCGUGUUCAAGGAGAUGCCACCACCAAAAUGUAUAAAAGGAGGAGAUAUAUUUAGUUUGACGGUUAUGAAAGGAUGCCUCGGUUUGUGCUGUAAAACCAUUGAUAAAGAACAUGCUGAGGUGUGGACAAUGAAGCAAUAUGGUGAGAGGAAUUCUUGGACUAAGUUCGUUGUCAUCCCACGUUGGCCAGGAUCAAGCUAUUUACAUCAGUUGACGCCGUUGUGUGCUACUAAGAAUGGCGAAGUUGUGAUGACAAUUGAUGGAAUAAGUAUAAAUGGAAGAAGUUUAGCCAUCUAUAAUCCUAAGACAGGGAAGUACAGGAAGCUUGAGCCAGAAAAAACACGGAUUCCAAAAGUGCUUUUAUAUGUGGAUAGUUUAAUUCUGCCCACUCGUACACCUCAAGUAAAAGGAAAGACGAAAAAGGAAUUGUGA